GUGGGAUGCAAUUGGAAUUUUAACCAAAGUUAUAAGAAACUGAAAUGGCUUCCAAGCACUCUUAAAACUGUGCAUUGCUUGGACUUCAUUGUUAUUCCCCCAAAAGGCGCGUGGGGUUUGGAUUUUAUGUACUUGGCGCCAGGGAGGCAUUAUUAGUCGAUGAAGUCAUAAGAAGGGUGUCCGGAAAUCCUCCUACACUCGGAGAGUUUUCUUCAAUGGCGGCCGCAGCUUCAUCAUCAAACUCCGUUGCCAACUCCCAGUCCUCAACCAAUCACUCUCCUUUAGUCAAACAUGAACAACCACAGGAUGUCUCAAGUGAAAUCAUGGAUUCUAAGGAGGUGAAAACAGAACCCAUGGAAGAUUCUAAGGAGGUGAAAAGAGAACCCGUGGAAGAAUCAAUUUACAUUAUGGAUAGCAAAGAACAUAUUGAGAAAUUCAAGAGGUACGAGGCUGAGUUUAAGCAAUAUUUGAUGUCAAAGUAUUUCUCGGACAAGACUAUCUUUGGAGGUAACAUUUUUGAUGUGAAAAUGAAUAUAGAUGGACAAAAUAUUACAGCUAGCAGGUUGCCUCCGUACCAGUCGUAUCUCGAUCCAGCUACUUUUGAUGAAAUGAUAAGCAAAGGGUCAAGUUCUACCGCGGAAACUCCAACUCCUAGUACUUCAAACGGGAAGCCCGCGGCCUAAGGCAACUCCUCCUAACCUGUUCUUGAUUUCACAUAGAUAUUGUGUUUAUGGGAGAAUCCAUAGAAAAUACCACAUAUGGUUAUUUUAAGUAUUUAAUCUUCCGUCUUGUUGAUUAUGAGUAUUUCGCGGACCACAGUGUUCUUGUUAUUUAUCUGAGCUUUUCUGUUUUUCGUAUAUGUGAAACGGUGGUGCAUUGGCAUAACAUAUUUACAAGCGUGUUUGUUGUGAAUG